GCUACGACACGGAGCUGUGUUUAUUUCCUGGGCCUCUCCUGGUCUAGGAGUGCGUUCAUGGUCUUUCCUGUUCUGCUCUCAAUCUCGAUGUGAGCCCUGCAUUGGAUAGACGCUGCUGAAUCUGUAAGAGAUGCCACUGUCACUACCACCCCGAAGCUCUGAACCUGAGACUAAGAAAUCUCAGUCCAGCAAAAUUGUGCCCAGUGGUCAUGGCCGACCUGAAAAGAGAGGGGAGAAUUACCAAGCAAAGAUAUCUCCAUCUUCACCUCAGGGACCAUUCAAAAAGAGAUCAGCUUUUGAAGAUCUCACCAACGCUUCUCAAAGUCAACCUACCCAGCCCAAGAAGGAAGCCAAUAAGGAGUUUGUUAAAGAUGUUUCCAAGAAGAUAAACAAGAAUACACCUGCUCUUGGGUUGGCCAAAAACAGUGAGAUGAAUGUGAAAAGGUAUAAGCUGGAACCCUCACCACUAGUCAUCUCUACUACCUUGGUACCAAACGUUAUGCAGAAACAGCUCAUUCUGGAAACAUCCACCAUCUCCAAAACACCCACUACUGAAGAGGCAUCUCUUUUCAAAAAGCCAUUUGUUGUAAAAGAGGAACCCACUACUGAGGAUACAGCCCUCAUCAAGAGGUCAUUAUCUUUAAAAAAGUGCACAAAUGAGGGGGAGGUGUCUCUCUUGGAGAAGCCACUAUCCUUGCAGGAGGAGACUGACAGUGAUGAUGAGUUUGUUUUAGAGCCAAAGACUUUUGGGAAAAAGCAUAAAACUGAAGAGGCAGCCAUCACCAAAAGGACAUUAUCCUUAAAGAAGAUGCGCACAUAUCAGAAGGAGGAGUUGGUCUCGCAGGACAUCAGCGUUGAAGAGGAUUCCUCUGUGGAGCUGAUGAACUUUAGGAAGAAGCCAAAAAUGGAGGAGGCAACCUCCACCAAGAAGCUGUUAUCUUUAAAGAAGAAGUGUACCACUCAGGGGAAAGUGUCCCAUAUGAAGAAACCACUAGUAUUGCAGAAGACCACCUCUGAAGAGAAGUCAGUCAUUAAGGAGCUGUUGUCCUUUAAGAGAAAGCCUACCAGUGAGAAGGAGCCCCUUUUCCAGGAGCCAUCUGCAUUGCAAGAGAAGCACACCACUGAGCAAGAAGUAUCCAUCUUGCGGAAAUCAUUGGCCUGGCAGGAGAAGAUGGACACUGAAGAAGAGCCCCUCUUUACGGAGCCAUUGGCUUUCAAGAAACCUACCACUGAGGAGCCAAACCUCAUCAAGAGGCUAUUAUCUUUAAAAAAUAAGUGCACUAGUCAGGGGAAGAUGGCCUACUUGAAGAAGCCAUUGGUAUUGCAGAACACCGCCUCUGGAGAGAAAGCACUCAUUAAGGAGUCAUUGUCUUUUAAAAAAAAGGCUACCACUAAGGAGGAGUCCCUCUUCCAGGAGCAGUUUGUGUUGCAAGAGAAACACACCACAGAUGGGGGGAUGGCCCUGUUGAUGAAGCCAUCGGCAUUGCAGGAGAAAAACGACAGUGAAGAGGCAUUUCUUAUGGAGCCAAUUUCCCUUAGGAAGAAGCAUACUACCAAGGGGACAACCCCCACCAAAAAGCCAUUACCUUUAAAGAAGAAGUGUGCCAUUCAGGGGAAGAUGUACCACUUGAAGAAGCCACUAGUAUUGCAGAAGACCACCUCUGGAGAGAAGUCAUUCAUUAAGGAGCCAUUGUCCUUUAAGAAGAAGCCUACCACUAAGGAGUCCCUUUUCCAAGAGCCAUCUGUAUUGCAAGAGAAGUGCACCUCUCCAGAGGAGGUGUCCAUCUUGAAGAAGCCCUUGGCCUUGCAAAAGACUCCAGCUGAGGAAGAGUCACUUUUUAAGGAGCCUUUGGCUUUGAAGAAGAAGCAUACCAUUGAGGAGGGAACCCCAACCAAGAAAAUAUUAUCUUUAAAAAAGAAAUGUACCACUCAGGGUAAGAUGUCCUGCUUGAGGAGGAGGAGUCCACUUCAGGGCACCAGUGAAGAGGAGAUCCUCUUCCAGGAAUCAUCUGUGUUGCAAGAGAAGCACACCACUCAGGGGGAGGUGGCCCUCUUGAAGAAGCCAUGGGCAUGGCAGGAGAAUAUUGACAGUGAAGAUGAAUUUCUUAUGAAGCCGGUUUCCUUUAGGAAGAAACAUACCACAAAUGAGGCAACCUCUACCAAGGAGCUGUUAUCUUUAAAGAAAAAAUGCACCACUCAAACAGUCUGCCAAGAACUGCUGGACUUGCAGGAUAUGACUGGCAAAAAUAAGGAUUCUUUCUUUAUGGAGGCAAUGUCAUUUAGGAAGGAGUCUUCAACUGCGGAGGCUGUCCUCACCAAGACACCAUUAUCUUUAAUGAAGAAGCAAAUUACUCAGGGGAAGAUGUUCCCUUUAAAGAAGCCCCUGGUCUUGGAGAAGACCACCUCUGAAGAGGAGUCACUCUUUGAGAAGCUGUUACCUUUUAAGAAAAAGCCUACAACUGAGGAGGAAUUCCUCUUCCAGGAUCCAUCUGUAUUGAAAGAGAAGCACAUUACCCUUCAGGAGGUAUCCCUCUCGAAGAAGCCAUUGGCCUUGCAGGAGAAGACCACCACUGAAGAAGAAUCAUAUAUUAAAGAACCAUUGACCUUGGAGGAGAAGCCUACCACUGAGGAGGAAUUCCUCUUCCAGGAGCCAUUUUCAUUGCAUAUAAAACCUUCCAACAAAGAUGAGUCCCUCUUCUGGAAGGCUUUGGCCUUGCAGAAGAAGACUGAUACCAAAGAGGACUCAGUGAAGAACCUGUUGGCUUUGCAGGAGAAAUGCACCACUGAAGAGGAAUUGCUUUUCAAGAAACCAUUGAUUCUGAAGGAGCUCCCCACUGAGGCAGCAACAAGCAUGGAGAGAGAAUUAUCUUUAAAGAAGAAGCCCACUGCUCAGGGGGAGGUGUUCCUCUUUGAGAAGCAGUUGGCCUUGCAAGAGAACAUUUCCAAUGAAGAGGAAUCCCUUAUUAAACAGCCACUGACCUUGCAGGAGAAGCCUAGCUUUGAAAAGGAGACCAUCCUGAGGGAGUCCUUGGCCUUGCAGGAGAAUCCCACAAUUGAGGAGGAGGCUAUGCUGAAGGAGCCCUUGGCCUUGCAGGAGAAUCCCAGCAGUGAGAAGGGGACUCUCUUCAGGGGGUCCUUGGCCUUGCAGGAGAAACCCAGCAGUGAGAUGGAGGCCCUUUUCGAGGAGCCAGUAGCCUUUCAGGAGAAGCCUACCAUCAAUGAGACAUCCAAUUUCAGGGAGAUAUUUUCCUUGAAUGAAACACUCACCACUGGGAAGGAGUUGUCUUUCAAAGAGCCAUUGGCCUUGCAAGAGAAUCCCACCCACAAGGAAGACGCCUUUCUCAAAGAUUUCCCGAUCCUUCAAGUUGAGACCAGCCCACAUGUGUCCAGCACUGCCCCUGAAACCAGACUAGGCAUGUCCAGCACUGCCACUAUGUCUAGUGUGGGCAAGUUCAGUAGCACAAGCAAGUCCAGUGCUUGUGAAUCCAGUUCCAAUAAACCUUUCUCAUCUCAGGGCAAGAGAUCACAGAAGGAGCAGAUGACCCCAGUGGAAGAUAUUGACAAGGACCACAAUGAUCCAUUUUUCAACUCAAUAUAUGCCAAGGAUAUCUUCAGUUACAUGAAGGAGAGAGAGGAAAAGUUCAUACUUAAAAAAUACAUGAAUAGGCAGACUGACAUCAGCAGUGACAUGAGGGCCAUUCUUGUGGACUGGUUGGUGGAGGUACAGAUGACCUUUGAGAUGAGUCAUGAGACCCUGUACUUGGCAGUGAAGCUGGUGGAUCACUACCUUAUGGAGGUGAUGUGCAAGAAAGACAAACUACAACUCCUUGGUUCCACUGCUUUUCUGAUUGCAGCAAAAUUUGAGGAGCCCUGUCCACCUUGUGUGGAUGACUUCCUGUAUAUCUGCGAUGAUAUUUAUCAGCGAAAUGAGAUGCUCACCAUGGAAAUCAGCAUCCUGCAAACCCUCAAAUUUGAUAUCAACAUUCCUAUCGCCUAUCAUUUUCUGCGCAGAUAUGCUAGGUGUGUCCGUACCAGCAUGAAGACACUGACCUUGUCCCGCUUCAUCUGCGAGAUGACCCUGCAGGAGUACGACUAUAUCCAGGAGAGGGCUUCCAAGCUAGCUGCUGGCUCCUUCCUCCUGGCCCUCUACAUGAAGAAGCUCGGACACUUGGCUCCUACCCUGGAGUAUUACAGUGGCUACAAGACCUCUGAUCUUCACCCUUUGGUCAAGCAGCUCAACACUCUGCUGACUUUCCGUUCUUGUGAUAGACUCAAGACUGUGCAUUCCAAGUAUUCUCAUCAGGUCUUCUUUGAAGUCACCAAAAUUCCCCCCUUGGACAUAUUGAAGCUGGAGGAGAUUUUGAACUACUGCUAAUUCUGAGGCUGAGGGCCUGGCACUCUGGCAGCAACCACCAGAGCCAGGCAGGCAUGUAAAUAGACUGUAUUUAUUCUGUCCUUGAAUUUGCCUUUUAAUCACUUUUCUUCAUUUUUACUCUCUGUUUGUCUUUUCCU